AUGGAAGAAUAAACUUAAGAACGUAUAUCUUAAUUGAAAGAAAUCUUAGCUCUUGAUGAUGUUCCUAAAAUUACUAAGAAAUUAACAAAAUUAGGAUUUUCUUAUUCUGAAUUACUAUAAUAAUUGAUUGAAACCAAUCAUAAAUAAGGCAUUGAAAUCUUAUAAUCAUAUUCAAACAAUUUUACAGAAUUUAAAGGGAAAACACUUGUAGCAUUAAUUUUGUAUCUCUCCACUUAAGAUUCUAAUAUAGAAGCUAUUUUAUAAGCUGAUAGAUUAUUAUAAUCCAAUUAAUAUGUUGGAAGUUUUAUAAAGAUUUAUGAAAGAGCCAUUUAAAAUAAUAGUCCAUUUAGCUAAUAAAUAAUUAAUCAUAUUAUCUAAAAUAAAACAAAUGUCCCUAAUUUUAAUCUUAUUUUUGAUAAAUUAUUUCAAUUAUGUAAAUAAAAACAAUUGAAUAACAUUAAUGAAUUUGAUAAAUUGAUGAAUACAUAAAAAGAUGUAGUCUUAAUAAUUGAUAAACCAAUUAUAAAGAUUUUCCCAUUGACUCCUAGAAUUAAAUCUGAUUAUUUACCUAAACAUCUUUAAAUAAAGAAAACAUAAAAUGCAAUAUCUAAAUAAGAAGAAUUAAGAUCAAUGUAAAAGAAAAAAAUAAUGACUAAAAAGAAAUUAAUGAGAGAACUUUAUAAAGAAUAAAAUUAAUUGCAUAAAAUUAAAAAAGACAAACUUCUUCAUCAACUUGAUAAAUAAAAAGAUGGAUAUAAAAAGUAAUAAUAAUUUUAAAUUUAUUUAGAGGAUUGAGAUUAUUGGAAGAAUAAUAAAUGGAAUUAAAAAAACUUAAAACUAUGCAAUUAAAUAUAAAAAGACAUAAAAAGAAGUCUUCUAGAAAGGGGGGUAAUAAAUAAUGA